AUGGGCGACGGUAAUCACUUACCAUCAGCUGGAAUAACUGUGAUAGCCAAAGGUAUCGCUAAGCCGUUAGAAAAGGAAGGUGUAGAGUACCUACAGGCUGAGAAGGUGAUCACAAGAGUUAAAAUUGGUCACGGACAAGUGGCAAUUGAUGACACGGAACGGCCAGUUGCAGCCGUGUCAGCCGCAACAUUCUUCAACGCUAGUCCAGGUGUCGUUUUGGAUAUCUUGAAUCCUCUUAUCGAGGAGACGAGUGCAGCUGUAAUAAAAGCCUUCAUCAACAAAGUUUUGGGAGCCAUACCCCUAAAAGAAGUCCUAACUGACAAAAACGAUCCUAAUGUCGCUGAUUGUAUCCGCCGUAUGGCUGAACAAGCGAAAAACGUGCUGGCGGCCGGGGUACCAUCGUUAGGUGUGCAAUCGUUGGAACCUUUGAGGGUGCCAAGCAUAAGACUACGGCAACACAACAUGCCGAGAAACAAGUUCAAAUAUGACGCUUGGCUGUCGGAUUUGACGCGUAUUCCCAGAAGACCUGAAAGUGACCGGCAACAUAAGCCUACCUCGGUUGGAAGUAACAGGCGAAUACGUGGUCUUGGGGCAAUUCCAGAUGCUGCCAGUGGAAUCCACUGGGAAACUUUCAGCCAAUUUCAGUAAAUAUUUACUAAAACUAAUUAUGAUGUAAAACGUGUAAAUGACAAACUUGAUACCAUUAGAUACCAGUCAACCGGUUUCUUAUGUGAGAGAAAACAAUAAAAUUACGAUUAAUAUAGAUUGAUACUAAUAGGAGUGCCGGAGUAUGGGGUACCACCUUGUGAGCCUCUCAUGGUGCCAUCUUUGUCCGUUCAGCAGUCCACCGGACCCAUAACUGUGACGUCAUCGUACUCUGACGUCAUUGUGCGAGGCCCCUCCACAAUGGAUGUCCGAGAUGUACAUGUGGACGCUAAAAAUCAUAGGGUAGUAGCAAAGAUAUUUAUUCCCAAACUGACGAUGAAAGGCCAUUACAACUUGGCCGGUCAGCUCCUGAUGUUACCCAUCGAAGGAGAAGGAAAAUUCUCAGCUAAAUAUGACACCUUGACCUGCGAGCAUCUAGACGUGAAAUUCCAAGUCGGUUACGCAUCCGUGGAGCUCGAGAAUCUCUUUGGUGGAGAGAAUGACUUGGGUGCGGCAAUGAACAAAUACCUCAACGAGAACUGGCAAAAGCUAGCUGAGGAGCUGCAGACGCCCAUGGAGGAUGCUCUACACGACUUUUUGAAGCCACUAGCAGACCACGCCUUCGCCACACUCAAAGCCGAUGAUAUACUAUUACCGUGA